ACAACUUGUGCGUGUGUGUGGGUGGAUAAGCUUUGCGGGGAAAACCCGUUUCUCGUUUCUUAUCGUGGUUGGUGGAAGGAACGAGCCGGCAUUCCAAAAAAUCCUCCAUAACGUCGCAUUUCUAUCUUUAAAAUCAUUGUUGGUUUCGUGAAACUAUAGCUAAUUAGUGCUUCCAUUUAGUGUAGUGUAUACCAACUUAAAGUAUUACAUUCGAAAAUCGUAGUUUCGCUCUCAAGAUGGGAUCCUGGUUGCGAAUGCGUAAAGUGGCAACGAUGGCUGCGGCCGCGGCUGGAGGCGCCGCCGGUUUUUGGUACGUCCAACGGAACUACGACGAACGGAAGGUCCUCAACUCUUGGACCACUAGCUUCGAACCUUCGACUUGCGCUAAAUGGGACUUCAAUUGGGACCAUCGUGACCCCAAAAGCUUAGUGAAACCUGCGUCCGAUUUGUCGGAUCCCGUCGCGCAGAACCGUUUCAAUGAAAAGUUGGACAAGAAACGUUCCAGAGUCGUACGGCAUUUGAUUUUGGUGCGACAUGGCCAGUAUAACAUGGAUGGCCGAACGGAUCUGGAGAGGUAUCUUACGGAAAAGGGUCGGAAGCAGGCGGCCAUUAGUGGGGAACGUUUGAAAGAUUUGGGAAUUGAGUUCGAUAAAAUCAUCCGGUCGACAAUGACCCGGGCUCAGGAGACUGCCAAGAUUAUGUCCGCUUCACUGCCGGAGCUGAAGAUGCAUGACGAUUCUCUGCUGGAGGAGGGAGCGCCGGUUCCUCCGGAGCCACCGGUUGGCCAUUGGCGUCCGGAAGCUUCGCAGUUCUUCGAGGACGGAGCACGUAUCGAAGCCGCCUUUCGGAAGUAUUUCCACCGGGCCGAGCCGGAACAGAAGCAAGAUAGUUACACUUUGAUCGUGUGUCAUGCCAAUGUUAUCAGGUACUUUGUGUGUCGAGCGCUGCAGCUGCCACCGGAGGCCUGGCUUAGGAUUUCCCUUGGCCAUGCGUCGCUAACGUGGGUCUCGAUCUUGGAUGAUGGGAGAGUUACUCUGCGGACACUUGGCGAGACCGGACAUAUGCCUAGGGAUAUGCUGAGCAGGUAAGUUGUGUUCGAGAGAUGGAGGUGUAAAAGGAGAUUAUAACGUACGGGAAAAAGUUUAUUCUGAGACAUGAUCUCAACAGCAAUAAAGUUCAUACAUUUUGGUAACAACGCUUAUAUCCGUAUGAAAUACGUUAUGAAAAGUUGAAAUGCA